CAUCUGGGCUUUAGUCGGUCGGGAUGCCGGAGCCAACUCGUCCCAUCCGUCCAUUCUAUGCUCGAUGUGGUCUAAAGCCUACCAGGUUGAUUUGAUUACCACCUGGUAUGUGACUGGGCAGGCAUUAUUAUUCUAGACUCCUGGAGCGACUAUCAGUCAAAUACUUCGACAUUAACAGAACACUAAAUAAUUCAACUAUUUUAAACCUGAAUUAUAGUUCAAAAGGACACUCGGUUUUAGAUCGAAAUUCGAUCACGAAAUAGGCAGGAGAGCAAGGGGUCAAACUCCAGAAUUGAUUAUAGGAAGGGGGCUUGCGGCUUCAAACUAAAUCGGCUGACGUUCAUUCUAAUUACAAGAUGCUGUCAGAAGUGGAUUGAGUGGGCCGCUAAACUACAGAUAUCAUCCUCGCCAUCGAAUAUAUCGCCUGGUACAGCGGCGCGCUGUAGGCAUCUGAACCUUCUCUCACAGCGAUGCUAUAUUAUAAUAUCACGACAAGGGCCAACUCUAAUAAAGAAGCCACCAUCGAGAAAAUCGUUCGGCGCGCUCAGCUCACAAGAGCACCUACAUACCCCCCAACAUGAUCGAGCUCGGCCGGGAUGACUACAAUGUCUUCGCCAACCGAGUACUAUGGUCCCUCUUCGCAGUCACAACUGUCGUAGUUGUGCUUAGGGUAAUAUGUCGCCUACGGUACGCCCGUCUUCAGAGGAUAGGGCUAGGGUUGGACGAUUACAUUACGCUCUUCUGUCUUCUUCUAAGUUUAGUGGUUACUAUUCUUAUCACAGUCGCAACUGAAUACGGCCUUGGAAAACACGCAUACGAAUUGGAUGACGACCGGAGGAGGAUGGCGUUGGAAUAUAACGUGAUCAUAAACGCCAUCUUGAUAUGGCAAUUCUCACUACCCAAAUUUGCGAUCAUCGCCAUUUUAAAGCGCAUUCUUAACUAUGGAACGAGGACGGCGGUUUUAUUUUGGACCCUCGGUAUUACGUCGCAAGCCUGCUUCUUCGCCGUCUCCGUUUGGUGGUUUAAACAAUGCGACCCGGUAGAGUUCGGGUGGGACAAGAGAAUUAAAGGGGGACAUUGUGCGGACGUCAGCAUCAUGAUUAACCUGGCUUACUUUACAUCGGCUUACUCGGCGUUCCUCGAUAUCUUCUUCGCCUUUUACCCGCUACCUUUCAUUAUGCGCCUGAAUAUGCCACUACGAAGUCGCCUCGGCGUCGCCUCAGCCUUGAGUCUUAGCUCACUCGCCUUUGUCGCGUCAGUCAUUAAACUGUCAGCGCUCGGGGAAGCCUUCUCGAUAUCCGCAGAAGAUCCAACAUUUCCCGUUCCAUAUCUUGACAUUUUAGGAAUGUCAGAAGGAUAUAUUUUGAUAAUCUGUUCCUCGCUGCCUACUCUUGGACCUCUCCUCCGAGCAGCGAAGAUAAAAUUAACGAGUCACGAUCUUGGCACCAACAAAUCCGGUGUCCGUAUCGACUCCAGCAUUCAUAGUUUACACCACAACUUUGAAAAUACUAAUGGGCAACGACAUGCGAAUGGUACCUUCGAACGUUCAAUUACUGGGGGGAACGCAUCCAGCAACGAUGCUAUCCCGCUAGUUUUAUCACCCAUGCCAGCAGCGACCUCUAGCGUGAAGGAUUUUGGGAUACAAAAGACGGUGGAGGUUUCCAUGACUUCAGAGCCCGCCGACCCUGGGUCACAACCCCGGCAACAUAGCGUUCGAGUAUUCUGAAAUUUAAUACGAGAAACCGUGCCAUUCUUUCACGGUUACUGGCAUGAUAAAAAUGCUGAAAACAGUUAAAGGGGGGCUGGAAUGCAUAGUCCAGGCUCUGCUGCUAGCAUUUCCCC